GCGCAGAAGAUCUCCGUCGCCAGGAAUUGAGCUGGAGGGUCUAUGGAAUCGAUAUUGAGCAGGGCGGGGCCCGAUCUGGCCCUGGGCUGCAUGCGGCAGAUGCAUCCGCCCAGCGCACCUGGCGGCUGCCGUGGACGUCGAGGGGCCAUCUGUCAUGCGCAGAAGAUCUCCGUCGCCAGGAAUUGAGCUGGAGGGUCUAUGGAAUCGAUAUUGAGCAGGGGCGGGGCCCGAUCUGGCCCUGGGCCGCAUGCGGCAGAUGCAUCCGCCCCGCGCACCUGGCGCCUGCCGUGGACGUCGAGGGGCCAUCUGUCACGCGCAGAGGAUCUCCGUCGCCAGGAAUUGAGCUGGAGAGUCCAUGGAGCCCAUAUUGAGCAGGGGCGCGGCCCGAUCUGGCCCUGGACCGCAUGCGGCAGAUGCAUCCGCCCAGCGCACCUGGCAGCUACCGUGGACGUCGAGGGGCCA